AUGGGUUCCAAGGGUGUUCAGAAGGCUAAUGCUCCAAAAUUGUCUCAAAAAGUAAGAGAAAAGAAGAAGGAAGAGCUGACGACGUCUGGUUCGUCUGAUUCUGCUUCAUCUUCAGAUGGCUCAAGCUCGGAGAGUGAUUCUGAAUCUUCUAGUGGUACUGAAUCUGGUAGUACUGAUAGUUCCAGUGACAGUGAAUCCGGUGAAAGUUCUGGUAGCGAAUCUAGUGGGUCGGAGUCGAACUCUUCAGCAUCCAGUUCUUCUGAAAGUAGCUCUUCCGACUCUGGCUCAUCAGGUUCCGGUUCUUCCGACUCUGGCUCUUCCGAUAGCAGCUCAUCUGAAUCUGAUGGUUCUGAAUCUGAUUCUUCUGACUCUGGCUCUUCUGAUUCUAGUGGUUCUGCUUCCAGCGGUUCGAAUUCCAGCUCAUCGGGUUCGGGUUCUUCAGACAGUGAUUCUUCAGACAACGCAUCCUCAAAUACUGGGUCUUCGUCGUCCGAUUCCUCUGACUCUGAGUCUGGUUCUGGCUCUUCUGAAUCCAGCAGUUCAUCUGAUUCAGACUCUGGCUCUUCUGAUUCAGACUCCAGCGACGGCGAAUCAAGCUCGUCAGAUUCCAGUAGCUCCAGCGAAGAUGAGGAAAAAGCUGAGCCAGCGAAUGACAAGAAGCGUGCAAGAUCUUCUAGCUCUUCUGAAGAAAGCGACGCGUCAUCUUCUAGGACCGCUUCUCCGGAGGGCGACGAUUAUCCUAAUAAGAAAGUGGUGAUUCCUGCUAUUAUUGAAGGUGAAAAAGAAGGCAAACGGAAGCACUUUUCAAGAAUUGACAGGACUAAGGUCAGUUUUGAGGCAUGGGAUUUGACCGAUAAUACAUAUAAGGGUGCCGCAGGCACAUGGGGUGAGAAAGCGAAUGAAAAGCUGGGCAGAGUUAGAGGAAAAGAUUUCACUAAGAACAAGAACAAGAUGAAGCGUGGUGCUUACAGAGGAGGUUCCAUCACAUUAGCAUCAGGAUCAUACAAAUUCACUGAUUAA